UAAUUAGUCUUCUGCUAACACCGUUAAAAGGUUCCGUUACCUAAUUUUAGUUUAGGAUGGCCAGAUUGGCAUGCCCCAACCCACCAAUCCAACUAGUUUUGGUCCCACCUCCUUAGCUGGCAACUCUAACCCUGGUCAACUAACCACAGUUAAAUUUCAAAAAACUAACCAUGGUCUAAAACGGCCUUCCCUGAUUUGAAUUGGGCUGGUAUAUAUAUUCUCACAAUGCGAAGAUAAACUUCACCACUACCAAAGGCGUCUUGAUAAACGCCGAUCUAGGGUUUCAUUUUCUUUCUCCUUUUUUCUUCUUAUUCUCAGAUUUGUUCUUUUCCUCAAUCUGUGAAAAUGAGAGAGUGCAUUUCGAUCCACAUCGGUCAGGCCGGUAUUCAGGUCGGAAACUCUUGCUGGGAGCUGUACUGCCUCGAGCAUGGAAUUCAGCCCGAUGGACAAAUGCCCGGUGACAAAACCGUCGGAGGAGGAGAUGAUGCCUUCAACACCUUCUUCAGUGAAACUGGCGCCGGAAAGCACGUUCCACGUGCCGUGUUUGUUGAUCUGGAGCCAACAGUUAUUGACGAGGUGAGGACCGGAACAUACCGCCAGCUUUUCCAUCCAGAGCAACUUAUUAGCGGCAAAGAAGAUGCUGCCAACAACUUCGCCCGUGGCCAUUAUACCAUUGGGAAAGAGAUUGUUGAUCUCUGUUUGGACCGAAUCCGAAAGCUCGCUGAUAACUGUACUGGUCUCCAAGGCUUUUUGGUCUUCAAUGCCGUCGGUGGAGGUACCGGAUCUGGGCUUGGAUCCCUUCUGUUGGAGCGUCUCUCCGUUGAUUACGGAAAGAAAUCGAAGUUGGGUUUCACCGUUUACCCGUCUCCACAGGUCUCCACAUCUGUGGUGGAGCCUUACAACAGUGUUCUCUCGACUCACUCCCUUCUUGAACACACCGAUGUGGCCGUGCUUCUCGAUAACGAAGCCAUCUACGAUAUCUGCCGUCGAUCCCUAGACAUCGAACGACCCACUUACACCAACCUCAACCGCCUCGUCUCACAGGUUAUCUCAUCUCUCACUGCCUCUCUACGUUUCGAUGGAGCACUCAAUGUCGAUGUCACAGAGUUCCAGACCAACCUGGUUCCAUACCCAAGGAUCCAUUUCAUGCUCUCGUCGUUUGCCCCUGUGAUCUCGGCCGAGAAAGCCUACCACGAGCAACUAUCCGUGGCUGAGAUCACCAACAGCGCUUUCGAGCCAUCUUCCAUGAUGGCCAAAUGUGACCCUCGCCAUGGGAAAUACAUGGCCUGUUGUUUGAUGUACAGGGGUGACGUCGUUCCCAAAGAUGUUAACGCCGCAGUGGCCACUAUCAAGACCAAGAGGACAAUUCAGUUCGUCGAUUGGUGCCCAACUGGAUUCAAGUGCGGUAUCAAUUACCAGCCCCCAACUGUGGUUCCGGGAGGUGACUUGGCCAAGGUCCAGAGAGCUGUUUGUAUGAUCUCUAACUCGACCAGUGUGGCUGAAGUGUUCUCCAGGAUUGACCACAAGUUUGAUCUCAUGUAUGCUAAGCGAGCUUUUGUUCACUGGUACGUGGGUGAGGGCAUGGAGGAAGGUGAGUUCUCGGAGGCUCGUGAGGACCUUGCUGCUCUUGAGAAGGAUUAUGAAGAAGUUGGUGCUGAGUCUGCUGAGGGUGACGAUGGUGAUGAUGGCGAGGAGUACUGAUGUGUUUGACUAUGGUGUCUAAAAACAAUGUCUAUUGGGAUUUAUAUUUCUAUCUUGUAUCGAACUUGUUUUCUGUUUUGCUUAAUUUUGUGUGUAUAUGAUUAAUAUCUGCACAAACUAUGCUCUGCAGCAUCACCUAUCCUAUGAUUUUUAUCCUAUCAUAUAAUAUUUUGUCUGUUUCUUUUA